AUGGAUCGAAUUCACCUUCUUCACGGUCUCCCUCCGCCAACCUCAGAGACUGAGUUUCACUGCCAGAGGUCCAUGCUUGGCACUUGCACCUCAACGUCGUCAUUGUCGUCGGAGUUUCCAGCAUUUAGACGGCAGGAGGACGUCUGGUAUCCUGACUACAUGCCUUCAUCGGCAUUGGUAGAAGAGGUUGGAGGACCGCCACCCAAUAAUACGACCCCUGCACCCACCGCCGCAGCCUCUCUACCAAGAGAUUUGCUCCUACAACAUGCGCUUAUGCACAUCCCUUCGUCCAUUGCCCCAGUGCCUCCCGGCACCUUUAGCAUUACAGAGCUGAUCCGACAGAACCACCAGCAACAGCAACACAUUUUCUCACGAGCCAUUUCUCCAGGCGAGGUGGACGAACCGUUGCGACAUCAAAGUCUUGACGGUAUGGCUUACGACCACGGUGAUGAAACCACCGAGGACGGCUAUAGGUUUGAGCAUAGUAAGUCUAAUAGCCAUCAUAGUAGAUGA